UCGAUCGAUUCUUCGAGGACGCACCGCAAGCACUUACAGCACUUCUUAGUACUGUAAAAUUAUUGAAUGUCUUCUCAAAUAAAAUGCGUGUAAGUAUGAGCAUGUCAAAAACAGAACGUAUGCCUAUACUAUUGAGAGAAGAGUGUUUUUACGUACGAACUGUUGUAAUUAUCAAGCAUUAUAUUACGCAUAUUUAGUUUAAAUAUUUAUUCAAUUAUAUAAUACGGGGAAGGCAAUUAAUGAAAUCAAGUCUAGAAAUGAAUGUGUUAGAUCAAAUUACCAACGAAGGAACUACACUUGCGACUAUAUACAGGAAAUGUUUGUGGCUAACGGUGACACUAUUUGUCUCGCUUUCUUUAUAUAAUCCUCUUGUGGAUCUCAUCGCGCCAUUAAAUGAAACACGGCCACGGCAACACUUGUUUCACGUGAAUUACUUGUUUCUAGACGAAAUGGAAUACUUUUGGCCGGUGUUCGUGCAUUUAAGUUUCGUUGCUGUCGCGACCGUGAUAAUCAUAAUCACCAUAGAUUCGUUAUACAUUGUUAUAAUACACCAUGCUUGCGGAAUGUUUGCGGCAUGUGGGCACCUUGUUCAGAAUGCAACUGAAGAUACAGUGGAGAGGAAAGGUGGCAUCAUCGAUGAUCACGGAUAUAAAGAAUAUAAUCGAUGCAUAAACGUGCAUUACGAAGCUCUUCAAUUUUACGACGUCCUCGAUGUUUGUUGCCGCAAUUCGUACUUGAUUCAAAUGGGUAUAAAUAUGAUGCUCGUCAGCGUGACAGCUGUUGAGCUAGUUAUAUUCUUUGAUCGACCGGCUGAUGUUAUCAGACUUAUUUCAUACCUUGCGGCUCAACUGUUUCAUUUGUACAUGAUAAGUUUACCCGGACAACGGUUAUUGGAGCAAAGUUUGGCAGUAACUGAUAAAGUAUGGUUUUCCAGAUGGUACGAAAUACCUGUCAGGGCUCAAAAGAUGCUCGUUUUGAUGAUAUUGAGGGCCAAUAAACCGUGCGUAUUAACAGCAGCAGGUCUAUAUCAAAUGACAAUAGAAAGUUUCGGGAUAACUGUUAAAGCAUGUAUGUCGUACUUCGCAAUGUUCUUAUCAGUGAGGGAAUAGUUAAAUGUAAAAUCGUCGAUAGUAAGAUAUUUCGCGAUUCAAAUGUUAUAUGUAUAUGUACGUACAUACAUUUCAGCGAAGAUUCUAUGUAUAAUUAUAAAUGUAAGUAGUAUAUAAAUUAUCAUAAUAAAAGAAAUGUAGCGUGUACAUACUACAUA